AUGAAGUCUUCAGACAAUGAAGAUGAGAGUGUAUCUACAAUGACCACGACGCGGAAGGCGGGUAUUCCAGUUCCACCUUCUUUUCAAAGCGCUCCCGAUUUUGCCAUCAAUAUACCUUCAUUCUCCAGCGCUCCCGAUCUGUCCGAACUGGACGCCAAAGACGAUAAAGAAACGAACCACAGUCGUUCACACAAAGAGAAAACCAAGCAGAAAAAACGACAUAAGCGAACUUCACGAUCGCCUUCUCCUCUAGGUAAACGUACACCGUCCAUUUCGCCACAUCAUUUUGUCCGUACAACGACUGACCUUAUGAUGCAGCAAGGAGAAAACGCGAACGAUCGCCUGAUGAUCGAGACAGACGAAAACGACGUUCUCGCUCACCCCGGGAUCGCCGACGACGAUCACGUUCACGAUCGCCAAAUAGUCAAAGGAGGAGACGAGAAGACGAAAGAAGGCAUCGGCAUUCACGAUCGCCGGAUCAAAUCCGAAUCAUCUUCACCAACACAACAGCACAGCAUCAAGCUGUCCAGUGGUAUUUUGUUGGUAGUGGACAAAUAUGGUGAUCCCGAUACGUUACGCUACGGACAGAAUCAUAGUUAUAGUGUGCCUGGAUAUAAACGAUCUGGAGCCGGUCGCAUACUUGGCUUAUCCUUCCAGGAUAGGAUCGAUCAAAGUAGCAUGUCGACUAGUGCAGUAAUUACCAUUAGUCGUGACAAACAAAAGAAACACAUGCGUUAUACGGACCGAGAGUAUACCUGGAAAGAAACAGACAAGGCGAUGAAGCGUAUGCGUAUCAAGCCUGCAUUAUCAGUACAGGAAGGGUUGUCAGAACUCAACAAAGGCUUUAUUUCCCUGGAGCAAGAAGAGCCUUCUCAAGCCGCCGAACAUACAUCAGAUAACGCAAUCCUUAGCAGCGGCCUAGAUUAUCGUAGCAUUGAAGGCAAUAGACCUGCUCAGCUAACGGACACUGCGGAAGAAUCGGAUGACGAAGAUGGUGAAAGCUUUGAUGAGUAUGUGCGGCGGCGCACUAUAGAAUUCAAUAGACAACUUGACCAGGAUCCACACAAUGCAUCUCUGUGGCUCCAAUUUGUAGAUUUUCAAGAGGAGGCUGCUAUGGGACUCAACACAGGAAUUGAGGCCAAGUCGCGCAAAAGAGCCACCAAGGCCAGCCUGAAUGAAGUGAAAAUGAGUAUUCUGGAAAAGGCACGAGACCAUAAUCCCGACAAUGAAGAUCUCAUAUUAGCCUAUCUUAACUGUGGUGGCGAACUUUGGGAUACAUUGACAUUAUUACGGGAAUGGGAUGCUAUUCUUAAACAGCACCCGGAAUCGCUGCGGUUAUGGGCCGACUAUAUCAAUUUGCGACAGACGAAUUUCGCUAGUUUCUCGUUUACUCAGUGUGUUAAAGUAUACGAAAACUGUCUUUCCAUGCUCAAUAAGCGCGCAUUGCGACUACAGAAUCGACGAACCAAAGAAGAUAAUUAUGAAGCCCGAGAGACCAUAGAGUCGGUUAUGGUAUACGUGUUCCUUCGAGCCUGCUUGUUCAUGAAGGAAUCUGGAUACCAUGAAAAGGCCUUUGGUAGUUUACAAGCAUUGAUCGAAUUCGUGUUGUUUCAACCCCAGCUGUACAGGAUAUCCGCCGAGAUUCCUUUCAGAAACAUGCUGACGGAAUUCGACGAGUUUUGGGACAGUGAAGUUGCCCGUUUCGCUGAAAAGGGCGCUUUAGGAUGGCAUGAAUACUAUCGAGCUAAAUACAAUGACGAAGCCUUGCCGGGAUUUUCUCCAGCGGAAGCUGAUCCUGUGGAUGACGGAAGUGACGAUAUAGAAGUCUUUGAUUUUCAGGAUUGGGUAAAAGCGGAGGAACAAAAGGAAAAACUGCAUCGACUGCCUUUGAGAAUGUCUGUUGCCAAGCCGGAGCUCGUCGAUGAAGAUCCGUAUCUUGUGACUCUUUCGGAUGACGUUCGACCGUUUUUAUUCAAUAUCACCACGGAAGAAGCUCGUUCAAGUCUCAUUUACAGCAUUUUUGCCUUGUUUGGCUUACCCUACACGCCUCAUGGCGUGGGCACCAAUACCCACUUUUGCACCGAUACAUUUACUCACAACAGUAUAUCGACGUCGGAUUUCUGGCCGUCAAAAGAACAAUCUCAACGCCUUCUUACCUACAUCCACGGCGUGGCAAUGGAACCCGAGUUACAAACAGACGAAAAGAGUCCAUUCAACUUGCCCGUAUCUUAUCCUGUGGACGUGACCGAGUUGUUUGGACGAAAAGAACAUUGGUUCCGAUGCCUAGGACAGCAGUUGAUCGAUUGCGACACUGAUGCUGAAUUUGUUAGAAAUGCCUUGGAACAACUGCUGAAGCUCGAGAAAAGCGAUGAAUUGGCCAUGCUUUAUUUAUCCUUUGCAUCGAGCGGAAAUUACAAGAGCGCUCGCAAGCUGGCAAAGCAGUUAUUGAAAGAUCAGCGUACCAAUAUGACAUUAUGGAAUGCUUAUGCUCAAAUGGAAAGAUAUCAUGGCAAAAUAGACGAGGCACGUAAAGUUUAUUUAACAGCAUUAAGCAUGACAGGAUCUUCUUCUGAUCCAAGUGAAGCGCCUUUGAUCCACGCCAUGUUUGCACAGCUUGAAGUGGAAAACGACCGGCAUAAUGCAGCGCUCAACAUUCUGGUGGCCAUGGCGGACGGCGAAACAUACAACGAAGGCAACUCCUCCUUGCCGACGAAGCCGCAGGUGCUAAAGACCAAAGAAUUUUUUGCCCAACGCACAGCGCAAUUCUCCACUUUGGUAGGAACAGCAAAAGAAACCAAGGCUGGUUAUUACUAUAUUGUAUGUCAUGGGUUAUUUGAAUAUCUUACCCAAGGCAUCGACGCUGCAUGUGCGGUCUACGACCGUGCUUUGAGAUAUGUUCGGGAUCGACAGGCGGAGCGUGGAUUUGUCAGUGAGAAGUUAUGGAAAGCCUACGCCGAAUUGCUGUGCCACCAUCAAAUGAAGAGCCACGGCGGUUACAAACCGGGAUUACUACGGGAUGCUAUGACGCGUGCAUUAGCGUUAUUCCCCAACGAUACGAUAUUUCUGGGCCUCUUUAUUUGGAACGAAGCCAAAACCAAAUUGCACGGUCGAGUUCGGGCAUUCUUUGGCGAAGCACUGGAGAGUUCCCCCAACGUUAUGCUUUGGUUAUCAGCGAUUCAGAGCGAGUUACACCAAUAUUGUCCAUAUGACGUGAACCAGGUGCGAUCCUUGUUUGAAAGAGCAGUUGAACAUGCAAGCACCCGCCCGUCCAUUAUUUUAUGGAAACUGUAUAUUGAGCACGAGGUGCGAAAAGGCGACCUGGAAAAAGCACGCUCACUGCUUUAUCGCUCUGUGCGAGAGUGUCCUUGGUCCAAAGAAUUGUAUUUGCUGGGGCUUCGAUUAUUGGGCCCGACCAUGUCCGAGAAGGAGAUUCACGAAAUGACAAGCUUAAUGAUGGAGAAGGAAAUCCGUUUGCGAUGUUCGCUGGAUGAAGCGUUAUUCAGUUGA